GCCCCCGGAACGUGGUGCGUCUCCUCCAGCUGUGUCGCUAUGGAAACGAGUACUACUUUCUUUCCCGUGGCCGUAAGCACGAUGGCGACUGGGGAGCCGCGGGAUAGAGGCGGCUACUACUUCAGAUUCCUACCUCAGAGAACCUUCUCGUCCCUGAGCGCCCGGGAGAUCACCAACAGGCUCCGCCAGUGGUCCAUGUUGGGAAGAAUCCAGGCUCAGGCGUUCGGCUUCGACCAGACGUUCCAGCCCUACCAAAAGGAUGAUUUUGUCACGGCUUUUUUCAAAGACCCAAAUGUUAUCCCACAUUUGCAGCUACUCGCAGAAUCUUCUGGACAGUGGACUACAUUAGGCACUGAAGUGAAAAGAAUUGAAGCUAUAAAUGUUCCAUGCACACAACUUUCAAUGUCAUUUUUCCAGCGGUUAUAUGAUGAAAAUAUUGUACGAGAAAGUGGACACAUUGUCAAGUGCCUAGAUUCUUUCUGUGAUCCGUUUCUCAUUUCAGAUGAACUGAGAAAAGUUUUGCUCAUGGAAGACUCAGAAAAAUAUGAAGUCUUCAGCCCAGUGGAAAGAGAAGAGUUCCUGUUCUGUCUUUUUAAGCAUCUCUGCCUCGGAGGGUCCCUUUGUCAGUAUGAAGAUGUGCUAAAGCCUUAUCUGGAGACGGCAAAGCUGAUCUAUAAGGAUCUGGUGAGGACUCUCUGGGUGUGUGCUACCCUUCACCUAAAGAACAUGAGCAGACAUUCUCAUAUUUCGUUGUGGACCCCAUCAAGCGACACGUGAAUGUCCUGUAUCAUUGCUAUGGUGUAGGGGAAAUGGCUUAGUGCUGUUUAUAAGCCAUCUGUUAGCACUGCUCCUUAGUUCAUGGUGUCUCUGUGUUAGCCCUAAUGGGUAGAUAAAAGGGCUCUUUGCAGACCAAUCAAAGGCCACUGUAAAGAGCCCAUUUUGAGCUGAAGAGAGCAAACACCAAAGUGCCUUUCUCUAAAUUUGUCCAACAUACUCAUGCUAGAAUCCCCGAUAGAUCUGUACCAAGUAGAAAGUCACAGGUUCAUGUUCAUUCUGUUAAGAUGCAGCCACAUCCCUAAUUUCCUUCUUUAAAAAUUGUUUUUAGUUUUUUGAGGUAGUGUCUCAUGUACCCUAGGAUAGGUGAGCCUUGAAUUCAGUAUGUAGCUGAGGAUAGUCUUGAACUCCUGAUUCUCUUGCCUCUACCUCUUGAGUGUUGUAAUACAAACAUGUACCACCAGGCCUGGCUCUAUGUUACUGUUUGGGAAGCUAAUUGAUUCUGGAUUAGAAUAGAAACAUUAAACAUCUCUACCACCAGCCAUUAAUGUGAAUUAAUAUGAUUUUUUUACUUCAGUUCAUGUAAUUACAUUUUUAUCAUUGCAGAAAGGUAUAUGUCUUGUUGGCAUGACAGUGCACACCUUCAAUCUCAAUGCUCAGGAGGGAGCAGCAUCGUUUCUCUAUGAGUUCAAGGCCAUUCUGAUCUACAGAAACAAGUUCUAGGCUACUCAGGACUACACAGAGAAACCCUGUCUUGAAAAGUAAAAGGGGGAGUUCGGGGUUGGGGUAAAGAGAUGGCUCAGCAAUCAAGAGCACCGACUGCUCUUCCACAGGUCCUGAGCUCCCAGCAACCACAUGGUGGCUCACAACCAUCUGUAAUGGGGAUCUUAUGCCUUCUUCUGGUGUGUCUGAAGAUAGCUACAGUGUACUCAUAUGCAUAAUAAAAAUAAAUAUUUAAAAAAGUAAAAAAGGUUUAUAUCUCUACAGAUAGGAAAAACAGAAUUCUUUUGCUUCAUUUUUUUUCCACCUAAAAUCCUCACUUAAAAAUAAUUGUAAACUCUUGGAGCUACAGAAAUGGUGUGACUAAGAGUACUAACUGUUCUUCCAGAUGGUGCAUGUUUAAGUUCCCAUCACCCACAAGGCAGCUCACAACUGUCUGUAACUCUACGUCCAGGGGACCUGACAAAACACCAAUGCAUAUAAAAUAAAAAUAAAUUUUAAAAUAAUUGUUAAUUCUUAUAAUAUAACAAAUUAAACCUCUGGCUGCCACCCAGUUUCCAAUUGACAUAAAGUAGUGAUAUAUACACUGUGGGGUACACGGCAGGGGUUAACACUGGAACCCAGCAUUCGUGCGUGCCAGGCAACUGCUCUACUCACUGUGAUACGUCAGCACAAGGCUUCACGCAGGUCAGGCUGGCCUCCAACCUGAUGUACCAACCAUGACCUUGAACUCUUGAUCCUCCUGCCCCUACAUCCUAAGUGCUGGGGUUACAGUUAUAGGCCACCAAGAACUGUCUAGUCCUUAAAUUUUAAUUCUAUAAUUACAAUAAAUCUUUUUUGAAAAAUUC